AUGCUCUUUCAAAAGACUCUCUCCUGCCUCGGCCUCUUGGCCAGCCUUGCUUCGGCCGCUCCAUCUCUUAGACGUCGACAAAGCCCGGGGGCCCUCAACGUCGUCUACUGGGGCCAGAAUGGCGGCGGCACUAUCGAGAACAACGAUCUUUCUGCGUACUGUACAGCAACCAGCGAUAUUGACGUAUUAGUACUGAGUUCCCUAUGGCAGUGGUCGAAUGGUGCCACGGCCAUGGGAGGCUCAUUCGGUCAAUCUUGUGGAGUUACCAGCUCAGGUCAACCCCAGAACUGCGACGCCUUAGUUUCUGCUAUAACGAAAUGCAAGAACGCUGGCGUAAAAAUUAUACUCAGUAUCGGAGGCGCAGCUGCCUAUUCUAGUUUCGCCUCGGCAGAUGAGGCCUCAGCAGCCGGUCAAUACGUAUGGAAUGCGUAUGGCGGCGGAAGCGGUGUCACUAGGCCUUUUGGUAACAACAUCGUGGAUGGCUUUGACCUGGAUCUUGAGCUAGCAAAUGGCAACCAAUACUUCAUCCCUUUCCUGAAUACGCUUCGAUCAAACUUUGCCAGUGAUCCCAGUCACAGUUACGUGAUCACAGGAGCACCAGUAACAAUGCCCCAUACCUUGAGUCUCCCUAGAAUUGCCAGUUGGGGCUCAUUUGCUAACAAGAACAACAGAGAACCUAAUAUGGGAAUAAUCAUUCAGGGCGUGAUCUUUGACUAUUUAUGGAUUCAGUUCUACAACAACAACAACUAUACAGUCCCCUGCAGCUUGGGUAUCAAUGGCGGAGCUCCUUUCAACUACAACAACUGGACAUCCUUUGUUGAGACUACUCCAUCUAAAAACGCAAAGCUCUUCGUUGGUGUACCCGCGAGCCCAUUGGGAGCCAACGGUGCACCGAGCGGUUCAAUCUAUUAUGCCACUCCACAGCAACUGGCUACGAUUGUCGCCGAAGUAAAGGGAAACUCAAACUUUGGCGGCAUCAUGAUGUGGUCCGCUGGAUUUUCCGAUGCUAACGUCAACAACGGCUGCACCUAUGCUCAAGAAGCUAAGAACAUCCUGUUGACUGGCUCUCCUUGCUCCUCCGGACCGGUUACUGCCUCGCUUCCACCAGUCCCAACUUCGACUUCGGCCUCCUCGCCACCAGGAAGCAGCUCCACUCCUCCCUCUGGCUCCGGCUCCGUUCCUCAAUGGGGACAAUGUGGUGGUAGUGGUUACACAGGACCAACUCAGUGUGUGUCGCCAUACAAAUGUGUGGCCACGAGUGAGUGGUGGUCUCAAUGUGAGUAA